UGGGCCACGUCAUCUACAUGACACGUGCCCAUCCAGUAUCCGUACCGUAUCAUUUAUUCUUACCUUGCCUUCCUCUUUGUCGAUCGAGUCUCAUUGCAAAGCAGAGCACAGUAGCAAUGGGGUCGAAAUCAAGCGACUCUGCCUCUAAGCUCAAAAAAUCUCAUGGAAAACAGUCAAAUGAGGGCAUUGGAAACCUCCCAUAUAAGUUGAAUCAGCUUAAAAAGCAAAUUCAAGCAGAGAGAAUUGUUUCAAUAAAAGAAAAAGUUGAGAAGAACAGGAGGAAAUUAGAAAGUGAUGUUUCUCAACUUAUAUUGGCUGCUGCAUCAAGGGGGAAUGAAUUAUUUAUGGGGCAGAAUGGAGUUGCUAAAAUAAAUUUUUCAAGGAUUGGAAGUCCUCUCUGCAAGUACAGUGGAUUUCCUCAUGGAUCAGGGGAUAAAGAUUAUAUUAAUAGUCAUGAAGUUAUACCCCCAAUAAGCACAAAGUUUCCUUUCCUUGAGAAGAUACCUCCAUAUACUGCCUGGAUAUUUUUGGACAAGAAUCAGAGAAUGGCUGAAGACCAGUCAGUGGUGGGGAGGAGACGAAUAUACUAUGAUCAACAUGGCAGCGAAGCACUUAUCUGUAGUGACAGUGAAGAAGACAUUGUAGAACCCGAGGAAGAAAAACAUGAUUUUUCUGAGGGUGAAGAUCGGAUGCUUUGGAUGGUCUUUCAGGAACAUGGAUUGGAUGAAGAAGUACUAAACAUUGUUAGCCAGUUUAUUGGAGUCUCUACUUCAGAAAUCCAAGAGAGGUGUAGCAUGCUCAAGGAAAAAUUUGAUGAGGAACAAAUUGAUAAAGAUUCUGGGGAUUCAGCAUCUGUGAGGGGCAUAUCUCUGGAAAAAAGCCUAAGUGCUGCUUUAGAUUCUUUUGACAACCUGUUUUGCCGUCGUUGUUUGCUAUUUGACUGCCGCUUACAUGGCUGUUCUCAAACUUUGAUUCAUUCUAGUGAAAAGCAGCCAUAUUGGUCUGAAUACGAAGAUGACAGAAAACCUUGCAGCGAUCAAUGUUGCCUUCGGCUUAGAGUAGUCAAAGACUUGCCAGAAGGUUCAGUUAAUAAUCCUUUGCAUCAGAUGAAACCUGUGAACUUAGAAGGGAAAAAAGAGACUGCAGGUGAUGUAAAUGCUGAAGCACCAAGAGGUGCAAAUGGGGACAGAGAGUUAGCACGAGAUGAUAGUCAUUCUUCUGAGAAAGAGAUAUCUGUUACUUCAGGACCUAUUUGUCACCCAGAACUUGCUUCUGGAGCUUCAAAUUCAGAUACACCUGCCGUGGUGAUGGAAAAUCCAGAACAUACGAAAAAGCGUAAAGUGUCAGAGGAUAUAAAUGAUGAAAAUGAUGAAUCCACACAGGUUCCUGAUGUCCAUGAUUUUGCAAAUAAGAAGCAGAAGAAACCAGGAGCUUUAGAUGUAGUAACUAAUGAUGUUGAAGAUAACCCAAGUCUUGAUGAUGUGGCUGGUACUGAAAGCACAAGUGCUAAAAGUGAAGUUCAGUUGCCCACCAACAGCACAACAAAUGAUCCCAGCAAACACGCAUCAAAAGACCUUAUUUGUUUAGGCACCAAGGAGAAAAUUAGGGAUGAAGCCAAUAAUAUCACAGGAGUGCCUGAAUUGAAUCAGUCGUCCUCAACUGAAAGACAAUUAGAAGGUGUUUUAAGUGGUUGUGAGUGGAAACCUAUUGAGAAAGAAUUAUAUUUGAAAGGAGUGGAGAUAUUUGGAAAAAACAGUUGCCUUAUUGCUAGGAAUUUGCUUUCUGGGUUGAAGACUUGUAUAGAAGUGUCAAAUUACAUGUGUGACGGUGGAGCAACAACGAGUCAUAGAUCUGUUGCACCAAGUUCGAUUCUGGAAGAUAAUGGAAAGCCUGAUACAGAUUACAUGGAGCAAGAGAUGCCAACAAGAUCUCGGCUACUUCGUAGGAGGGGAAGGACACGAAAGCUUAAAUAUUCUUGGAAGUCUGCUGGCCAUCCCUCGAUUUGGAAAAGGAUUGCUGAUGGCAAAAACCAAUCGUGUAAGCAGUAUACCCCAUGUGGCUGCCAAUCAAUGUGUGGAAAACAGUGCCCCUGUCUACAUAAUGAAACUUGUUGUGAAAAAUAUUGCGGGUGCUCAAAGAGUUGCAAAAAUCGUUUCAGGGGAUGCCACUGUGCAAAGAGCCAAUGCAGAAGCCGGCAAUGUCCAUGCUUUGCUGCUGGACGUGAAUGUGAUCCAGAUGUUUGUCGCAAUUGCUGGGUUAGUUGUGGUGAUGGUUCAUUAGGUGAACCACCUAAAAGAGGAGAUGGCCAAUGUGGAAACAUGAGGCUUCUUCUAAGGCAACAGCAGAGAAUCCUUUUGGCAAAAUCUGAUGUUGCUGGAUGGGGUGCCUUUUUAAAGAACCCUGUCAACAAAAAUGAUUAUCUUGGAGAAUAUACUGGUGAGCUGAUUUCCCACCGGGAGGCAGAUAAGCGUGGGAAAAUAUAUGAUCGUGCCAAUUCAUCAUUCCUCUUUGACUUGAAUGAUCAGUAUGUUCUUGAUGCUUACCGCAAAGGAGAUAAGCUGAAGUUUGCAAACCACUCGUCCAAUCCUAAUUGUUACGCAAAGGUAUAUUUUUGUACAGGUAAUAUAGUAUUUUUCAUGAGUGAGCUAAUUUAUUGGGUUGCCCAGGUGAUGCUGGUGGCAGGAGAUCACCGAGUUGGCAUCUUUGCCAAGGAACAUAUCGAUGCUACUGAGGAGCUAUUCUAUGAUUAUCGUUAUGGACCAGACCAGGCUCCUGCAUGGGCUCGGAAGCCUGAGGGUUCCAAAAGAGAUGAUUCAACAGUCUCCCAAGGUAGAGCAAAGAAACAUCAAUCUCAUUGAAGAGUUUUUCGACUGCCUUUGAUGCAAUUUUGGAGAAUUCUUUCUUAUUCUGGAUUAAUUUUUAUCCAUGUUAUCUACUAGGAGAAAAUAUCCUUAGAAUUAUACUUGAGAUAUACCAGCAAUUGGUUGUAUAUAGAUAUAUAAGUGUACUUGCUCGGCAUUUUGAAUGUAAAAUUCAGAUAAAAGUGAGCAAUAAGAUCAUACAUAUAAUGAAAUAGGUAAUAAGAUUGAUAUUGGUAUAGCAAGAUCCUGUGCAAGGCAACAGGGACAGAGAUUAAGAAUAUUGUUGAUGCAUGUAUCAUCUUGAUGGUAAAAAUGGAAAUCUUCUACAUUUAAAGCAUUCUUCUUUAUGCUUGGUA